UCGAUUCCGAGCCCUUAGUCCCCGUUAUCUGGUCUAGAUGUCGAGUGUUGUACUUUUGACUUUUGACUCUUGGUUUGAGAUGAACUGUCCCGUUCAUGUGUGUUCCCUGACCAGAUUGAAGUAAUUUGUGGUGUGCAGUUAGAUGUUCCGAUAAGGAAAUUGGAACUUUAUGUCACUGGAUGAGCAUAAUUAGUCACAUAGAUGCUGGACGACUGUUUCUGGCAAUGCAGCAAAUUGGUCACGAAAAAUGAAAAAACGUAGUAAAGUUUCAGAUGUGACACCAUGGUGGUAGAGUUCUUCCAAGGAAAUAUUGGCAGCUUUGUGCAGACACCUUGGAUGGGUGCCAAGAAACAUCUACCAAAUUCGCUAGUUUUUAUUCCAAGUUCAGGCCUUUUGCCUUCAAAAGUACGAGAAAGGCAUGGCACCUUAUUUUGGAUGCAUAGUUGGACGAGUUGCAAAUAGGAUCAAGGAUGGGAAGUUUACCCUAAACGGAGCUGAGUAUUCAUUGCCUAUCAACAAUGGACCCAACAGCCUUCAUGGUGGGUUGACUGGAUUUGACAAAGUCAUGUGGGAUGUUGUAGAGCAUAAAGAUGGCGAAUGCCCUUCAGUAACCUUUCAGUAUCACAGCAAGGAUGGGGAAGAAGGCUAUCCAGGUGAUGUAACAGUCAGAGCAACAUAUUCUCUUCCUGAGGCCACCACCCUAAGACUUGACAUGGAAGCCAUACCACAUGAUAAAGCCACUCCUAUCAACUUGGCACAGCACACUUACUGGAACCUGGCAGGCCAUAACUCUGGUGACAUCUUAAAUCAUACAAUUCAGAUCUGGGGGAAGCACAUCACUCCAGUUGACGAAAACACAAUUCCCACUGGAGAGAUAAUGCCUGUUGAGGGCACUCCUUUUGACUUCACGACAGAGCACAAGAUUGGGGAGCGCAUCAACGAUGUUCCUGGAGGGUAUGAUCAUAACUAUGUGCUGGACUGUGGGGAUGAAAAAAAUGGUGUGAAGCAUGCAGCCAAGCUGAGAGACCCAUCAAGCUCGCGAACUCUGAACCUCUGGACCGAUGCACCUGGCAUGCAGUUCUAUACUGCCAACUAUGUGACUGGCAUCACUGGCAAAGGGGGUGCUGUUUAUGAGAAACAUGCCGGUGUAUGCUUGGAAACCCAAGGGUUUCCUAAUGCCAUCAACCAACCAAACUUCCCCUCAGUGGUCGUGCAGCCUGGUGAGAAGUAUAAGCACACUAUGUUGUUUGAGUUUUCAGCCUGAAUGGAGAGGCUGUGAACAGCUUAUAUGACUGCACAACUUGUAGAAUGAAGAUAAAUGAGCAGAAGAAUAAGGUGUAGUUAGCACAUCUUCGAUGAUUGUAUCUUUCUUGUCUUGCAACCAGAGAACAAUAUUCUGGAAUGUUCAAAGUUUAUACAUUUCUUAAUUAGAAUGGUUGCACAUAAUUGUGAAGAUUAACAUGCGUGUGAACUAUUAAACA